UCAGAUCCAGGCAAAAAUGGCAGGGAGGGUGAGGCGCUCUGCUAACACCAUCAAUUAUGCAUCGUGUUGAACGUAGCUUCGGGGAGGAGGCGGCUGGUAGAGGGUGUGCAGGAAGGAAGGGUCCGCGGGAGCCGGUCCGCGCGCUGCCCAGCCGGCCCCACUCCAGGCCUGCCUCUGCCACAGUCUGGGGAAGCAAAAAGAGUGUAAAGGCAAAGACACGCCCCCACCCCUUCCGUCGUGCGCCUGUCCUUCCCCAAAUUCCUCAAAGACGGUUUGUCUCACGUGUUGCGGGACGUAAAAGCGGCUCGCAUUCAAUUAGCGGCGAAGCUCACCGGCCCUGGCAGGACCCACGCGUGAGGAAGCUCCAACAGAUGUGGGAAGCGCCCUUGGGCUGUCGUCCUGGCUCCGCGAGUGUGGAGAAGGGGUUGUAGCCUGAGGGCAGCGCGCCGAGAACCAGCGAGCAGCGGGAUCCGCGAUGAUGCCCUUGCGGUCCCUGUGGCUGGUCUGGGCACUGCUAGGAGUGGCCGGCGCGUGCCCAGAGCCGUGUGCCUGCGUGGACAAGUACGCCCACCAGUUUGCCGACUGCGCCUACAAGGAGCUGCGAGAGGUGCCGGAAGGGCUGCCGGCCAACGUGACCACGCUUAGUCUGUCGGCCAACAAGAUCACGGUGCUACGGCGCGGGGCCUUCACCGAUGUCACGCAGGUCACGUCGCUGUGGCUGGCUCACAACGAGGUGCGCACGGUGGAGCCGGGCGCGCUAGCUGUGCUGAGCCAGCUCAAGAACCUCGACCUGAGCCACAACCUCAUAUCCAACUUCCCAUGGAAUGACCUGCGAAACCUGAGUGCUCUGCAGCUGCUCAAAAUGAACCACAACCGCCUGGGCUCGCUGCCCCGGGACGCACUCGGUGCGCUGCCAGACCUGCGCUCCCUGCGAAUCAACAACAAUCGGCUGCGCACACUGGCUGCCGGUACCUUCGACGCGCUCGGCGCACUGUCACACCUGCAACUGUAUCACAACCCCUUCCACUGCGGUUGCAGCCUUCUGUGGCUGCAGGCCUGGGCCGCGAGCACCCGGGUCUCCUUACCGGAGCCCGACUCCAUCGCGUGCGCCUCGCCUCCCGCGCUGCAGGGGGUACCGGUGCACCGCCUGCCCGCCCUGUCCUGUGCACCGCCCAGCGUGCGUCUGAGUGUGGAGCCGCCGCCUGAGGCGCCCGGCAGCCCCCUGCCCUCUGGCCUGGCGCUCAUGCUACACUGCGUCGCGGAAGGACACCCCACACCGCGCCUGCAAUGGCAACUUCAGAUUCCGGGUGGUACCAUAGUCUUAGAGCCGCCAGUCCUGAGCGGGGAGGACGACAGGGACGAUACGACAGGAGAGGAGGAAGGAGAUGGGGACGGGCCGACGCCGACGGAAGCCCCAACCCCCACUCCGGCACCGGCUUGGCCCGCGCCCCCAGCCACCCCGCGUUUCCUGGCCCUCACAAACGGCUCCCUGCUGGUGCCCUUCCUGAGUGCCAAAGAGGCUGGCGUCUACACAUGCCGUGCCCACAACGAGCUGGGCGCCAACUCCACGUCAAUACGGGUGGCAGUGGCGGCGGCCGGGCCUCCAAAGCAUGCUCCAGGAGCAGGGGGAGACCCCGAUGCGCAGGCCCCAACCUCCGACCGCAAGUCCACUGCCAAAGGCCGCGGCAACAGCGUCCUACCCUCCAAGCCCCAGGGCAAAAUAAAAGGCCAAGGGCUGGCCCGGGUUAGCAUCCUCGGGGAGACGGAGGAAGUGCCCGAGGAGGAGGAGGAGGCAGGUGAGGCAGAGGUGGUGGAAGACCAGGUCACAGAGGAUCCCGUGGCGGAGAAGCGCUGUGGCCACGGGGACCCCGCGCGGUACGUGUCCAACCACGCGUUCAACCAGAGCGCGGAGCUUAAGCCGCACGCCUUCGAGCUGGGGGUCAUCGCCCUGGACGUCGCGGAGCGCGAGGCGCGGGUGCAGCUGACGCCGCUGGCGGCGCGCUGGGGCUCGGGGCCGGACGGGGCUGUGGGGGGCGGGCGGCGGCGGCCGCUCCGCCUGCUCUAUCUUUGCCCGGCGGGGGGCGGCGCAGCGGUGCAGUGGUCCCGCGUGGAGGAGGGCGUUAACGCCUACUGGUUUCGCGGCCUGCGGCCCGGCACUAAUUACUCCGUGUGCUUGGCGCUGGCCGGCGAGGCCUGCCACGUGCAAGUGGUGUUCGCCACCAAGAAGGAGCUGCCCUCGCUGCUGGUUAUCGUGGCUGUCAGCGUGUUCCUCCUGUUGCUCGCCACCGUGCCCCUGCUGGGCGCCGCCUGCUGCCACCUGCUGGCCAAGCACCCGGGCAAGCCCUAUCGUCUUAUCCUGCGGCCGCAGGCUCCCGACCCCAUGGAGAAACGCAUCGCCGCCGACUUCGACCCGCGAGCCUCCUACCUAGAGUCAGAGAAAAGCUACCCCGCAGGCGGCGAGGCGGGCGGCGAGGGGCCAGAGGAGACCCCCGGGGAGGACCCUGACGAAGACGCAGAGCAGGGUGACCCAAGCGGGGGCCUGCAGAGGGAGGAGAGCCUGGCGGCCUGCUCGCUGGUGGAGUCCCAGUCCAAGACCAACCAAGAGGAGUUCGAGGCGGGCUCCGAGUACAGUGACCGGCUGCCCCUGGGCGCCGAGGCAGUCAACAUCGCGCAGGAGAUUAACGGCAACUACAGGCAGACGGCCGGCUGAGCCCGGGGCGGCUCGGCCCGCCCCUUCCCAUCCCCCACCUUGGGUGCCAGGGACCAGAAGCCCAGGGCUGGCAGGACUCACGCCCCUCCCAACUGCCGCUCACUCCGCCUCCUUAUCACACCGCAAUCUGACUACCGGGGGUUUCUAGUGCGAGUGGGACGGUUUCACCAGUUCCCCUGCCACCCACGACGGCUAUUGUUCUGAGUCCCCCUCCACGGAAAGCACAGUUACCGCUUCUCCCUUCCCUAUAAGACAGCUCGCGCGGACCGUGAAUCGGAAUCCUUGCGGCUCCCCUCCCAUCUGCAUCCCAUCUUUAUUGUUGUUUGCAAAAUCCGCCCCACAGCCCGCCACAGGCUCUGGAGCCAAAGCAAAUGGGGGACGUUGUAAACAUACGGUGGUAAUGCUGUGGCUCGGGGGUCAGCCCGGGACCUGCAGCAGGUGUCCCUACCGUGGAGAGCCCUGGGGUUCCGCUUCGACCCCCUACUCCGCCUUUUCCUGGGUGCAAGUCCCCAAAGCCAGGAAUCAGCAGCAACUGUCUAGUUUUUAGUUUCACAGCCUCCUUACCACUGGGAACCAAAGCCCUUUUGUCCCCCGACCCCCACCCCCCUGCUCCGCUCUGACCCGCUGGAGCAGAGCCCGGUGCCUGCGGCUCCGGUCAGCCGCCCCGCGCUCCGGUUUUCAUAUUUUCGUUGUUUUCAAAGGCAGCGACACUCUGGGUCUGGUGCUAACACACCCUUCCCAGCCUCUGGGAAAACUGGGUGUGGCGGGAAGAGGCGAGGCGAAUCCAUUUUCUCUUUCCCUCUCUCCUAACUUAAGGCGCCGCGGAACCGCGCGCCCUUUUUCUGCCGAGGGUGCGGACUUGGUCCCCGGCCAAUUUCGCUGCGGAUGAGUUGGGGUUUCCGGAGAUCCGUGCACCUGGCAGCUCCGCUUCCGCUGCUGCAAAUGACCCAGACCUCGGCUGGGAAGGCGCCCGGGGCGCAGGAAGCCAGCUGCGGCCUCCCAGGCCCAGUCUCUCGUGGAGGCUUGCGCCCUAGUUCGCACAAAGCCUGAGUGUGACCCAGCGGCGGGAUCCGGACGCCCCCGAGUCCUCGGGGCUCCCCGCCCCGCCCAGCCCCGCCCCUCCUUCCGUCAGAAUAAUAUUUGCCUGGCGCGAAGUCCUAGACUAGCGUGCUCUGUAGGAGAAAAGUCUGUGUCCUGUAAAGUAUGACCGU